AUGUCACUCUCCUUAUUAGCUUCUCGUUCAAUGAUUUCAACUGAUCGACGUCAUAUUGAUCCAAAUCCAGAUAGACUACCGAUCAAUCUGAACACUUCAUCAAGUUCUAAUCCAAGCAGUAGUACCAUCACAACCACUUCUACCAGCACUCCUAAACCUAGUUCAGUUAGUUCUUCACUUUUGUUAUUGAGUACUUCGGCAGAAGCAGCUGUACUUGAAAGUCAAACCUUGACACCUCUGCAUCAUCAUCUGAACAACAAACGGGAUCAUAAACAUGCUCAUCUCUUCAAAUGUGAAAAGUGUCCAAAGGUUUAUCGUCAUCCUCAAUGUCUCGUUAAGCAUAGAUGGGAACACACCUCGUAUUGGGCCGAUGCUUCCAAGCUCAUGCUUAGUAAACAUCAACAAGUCCAAAUGUUAGAAGCCGCAGCUAUUUUAGCUACUCCGUCUGGUAGUUUACCAGAGUCUCGAUCACUUUGGCCAGCAGCUGUUUCACCAUCUGAAGCUGGUUUAUUAGGUUCAGAUCAAGUGAAUCUAGAUGUGAUUCAAUCCCAAAGCAAAUCCUACAAACCAGCCGAUCAUCAACAACAUCGAUCAAGUUCGUCACCCUGUUCUUCAGUUCUGACAGCUUCGACUCCGAUUGCUAUGAAGAUCAGUAAAGCAGGAUCUGAAGAUAUUGAGAUGGAUGAAGAAGAAGAUGAAGAAGAAGAGAUUGAAACGGGUGAUGAAGAGGAAGAAGACGAGAUUAUGUUUGAGAUGUCGAUCAAUGGAGAUGACAGUCAAUCAUCCACAAGUCAAGCCGAAACUGGAUCAGGUUCGAGUGCAGAGAAAGGAAGAGUGAUGAAAGAAGUCCAGAACAGUCGUAGUUUACCGAUCAGCUUUUCGAUCUCUGCACCACCCCCGAUGGGAUACUUUCAACCUAGACCGACUACACUGACUACCACACUUGUACAGGACGUUCGAAAAGAACCUGUCCAAGCCUUUCUGGCUGGCUUUCCUCAUCCUCCUACACCUUCGGUUUGUAGUGUGGGUAGAAGUUAUUAUCAUCCUGAAACGGUCUUUAAUCCUCCGCCUUAUGCUGAUAGUGGAUUAAGGUUUCAAGAUCAAAGGAUCUUGGAAGAGAAUGGAAAUCAAGUUGUUGAACAAGAAGAAGAAGAUGAAGAAGAUGAGGAUGAAGAUGUGGGAUUUGGGGUUAGAGAAGUAGGUGGUAUGAAUGGAAGUGGUGAUGAAGUGAUUGGUAUGGAAUUGUAAAGAAGAAGAAAAGUAGAAAAAAAAAAGAUGUGUGUAUGAUUAUGUAUCAUAUUUAUUAAAGCCAUAUAGAUUUUUAUAUCGGUUCAAAGUUUAGGUAAAACGGUAUUCUCAUUCAAAAUUAAGAGAAGGUUUUCAAGUCAAGAAGAAGAAAAGGAAAAUUUGUUGAUUAGAUUGAGCAGUUGGUAUAGAAGAAUAGAAAGAAGGAUUAGAGAAUGGAAAUUCGAAUCGAUCAUUGAAUUUUUUUCUUAUCACUUAUGGUUCAGAGAUAUGUUUUUUGUUUUUUUUGAAUGUUGUUGUUGUUGUUGUUGUUGUGAUCUUAAACUAUUUCUCUAUCUAUCUCUCUAAACUGUUGUUGUUGUUGUUGUUGUUGUUAUUUCAAUGCACACCUCCUACCUGAUCACUUCACUUUAUCUCAUUGUUUUGGUCUUUUUUUGUUGUUUGAUUUUGUUGUGAUUUUUUUUUUGGUAAAUAUGAGUCUGCUUGAUUGAUUAUAGAUAGAUUGAGGAAUCAAAAUGGGUUUUUGUCU